UCACUCUCUCGCAGCGCCGAAAUUCACGCGCUGCAGCAUCAUCGACGAUUCGCUCUCGUUCGAGCGUCGGAGGACUCACUUUCCGAGUUUCCCCCUCCUCACUCGGCUCGCCGACUGUGUACACCGCGUCGCACGCACGCGGUGCACUGGCUCGCGUGCUGCUGCUGCCGUUUCUCUCUCCUCGGUUCGCGCGACUCGCAGCAGCAGCAGCAGCAGCAGCGAGUUUACCUGCGGCAUCGGCGACGUUCGGACUGAUUUCUACGGCAUCGAGUGCAGUGAAAAUCUGGAUGUGUGCGUGAGGUGCCCGAUGGCUGGAGCGUCUCCUCGGCUGCUUUCGGAUGGAGCCGAUCACGGCGCUACCAGGCUACAACCGCGCCGAGUCUAGAAUGAGACUCGAAGGCGGAUAACGGCGCGUCCCGCGCUAUCGUGCGCUGUGAUACGUACACUCUUUGUUCGUGCCACCAGUGUAUAGAGAGAGAGAGAGAGAGAGAGAGAGAGAGAGAGAGAGAGAGAGAGAGAGAGAGAGAGAGAGAGAGAGAGAGACAGACAGAUAUAGUGGUUUAUGAAUCGUGCCGCGCAGAGACUCAUGUACGUGGACUACGGGACGACGGCGGCCGAGGCAGCAGUGGCAGCAGCGGCGCACGCCGGCAUGGGAAUCAAGGCCAUGAAGCCCUUUGGCAGACCCAGAGGUAGCCUCCUAGAUAUCCCGGCGCAAGUGCCGCCGCUUACGCCCGGAACCAACAAGAAGAUGACCGAGGCCUUGAAGGCCUCCUUCGCAUCGUGGGAAAAGGAACAAAUUCGCUUGAAUAUAACCAAAGAUCCACGGCAAUGGUCGGAAUCGGCGGUGGCGAACUGGCUGCAGUGGGCCAUCCGUGAGUUCUCCCUCGAGGGAGUGGCCAUGCAGUCCUGGCAGCACAUGACCGGUAAGCAGAUCUGCGCCAUGGGCAAGGAGUCCUUCCUGGCGCGCGCCCCUGCCUUCAUGGGCGACAUCCUCUGGGAACACCUCGAGAUACUCCAGAAAGACGUGGAUCUCGAAAAGGCCUCGCUGGAGAACAUGCCGGCGAACCUGUACGAGAGCGUCUGCGUGCCGGACUUGGGCGAGUUCCUGGGCUACCAGGCGAGCGCCAGCACGACCCCGGCGGCCAGCGACAGCAAGGUCCCCGUCGGCAACUCGAGCGGCUCGACCGCGACUCGAUCACCGGCUCCUGCAGCCGCGGCAGCAACAGCACCGGCGGCGAACCCAAGCGCGAUAUCGGCGCCGUCGCCGAUCGCCGUGCCCAUGGGCCCGCGACAGUUCCACAACGACGGAGGCUACCACCACCUACGCAGUCCCGCCUGCAGCCAGCAGGAGCAGCAGCAGCAGGACAGUCGGCGGAGGGAAAGCUCACCCCCGGCCCAGCAGCAGCAACAGCAGCAGCAAACGGCCGGUAACAGUUCGACACCCGGAGCGUUGCAGCCCAGCCAGCAGCAGCCAGCCAGCAAUAACCCCGGUACCCCGACUAACAACAAUAACAAUACCAACGCCCAUAACAACAACAACAACAACAACACGACGAGCAACGCGUACAUCGCGCUGAGGAACCUGAACCACCUCAAGACGGAGUCGACGUACGCGAGCCACCAGGGCACGACCGAGGCCCACCUGCAGCCGAGUAACGGCGAGCUGGGCUCCGCCGGCGAGGUCGACCUGCGCUCCUCGGCCAACGAGGGCUACCUGCCCCCGGGUCACUAUUCCGGCUACGACGAGCCCUCGGACUACCACGGACUCGGCGCCGGGCCCGACGGCCACCACCCGAGCCAUCCCUACGGCCUCGAUGGCUCGCCCGAGUUCUACGGCCAGCCCGGCAUUCAACUCGAGCCCAAGUACCAGCCGCCGCCCUUCAAGAACUACCCUCGCAGUCGCUAUCACGACAGCUACAGCGAGGGCGGCUACGGCCAGUACGACGCGACGCCGUUCCAGACGGUACCCGGCAGCACCGGCCCCGGAGGUGGCGCCAGCGGCGGUGCUGCUCCCGGCGGCAACCCCGUGUCCAGCGUCGGCGAACAAUGGGCCGUCGGCCCGGUCGGCGAUCACCUCGCCCACCAUCCGGCCUUCCUCGCCGGCCUGGGACAGCGAGACUCGACCAACUCGUCCCAUCAUCCGGCCAACAUCGGCCAGCAGAACCAGGAUCAUCAGAAGCCCCUGCUGCCCAGCGCCAUGCUCGCUGGCUACACGGGAGGUGGUCCUUGCUUCACGGGCUCGGGACCGAUUCAGCUGUGGCAAUUUCUCCUCGAGCUACUCACCGACAAGAGCUGCCAGGGCUUCAUCUCGUGGACCGGCGACGGCUGGGAAUUCAAGCUGACCGAUCCCGACGAGGUGGCUCGUCGCUGGGGCAUUCGCAAGAACAAGCCCAAGAUGAACUACGAGAAGCUCAGUCGCGGGCUGCGCUACUACUACGAUAAGAACAUUAUUCACAAAACGGCUGGCAAGCGUUACGUUUACCGCUUCGUCUGCGAUCUCCAGAGUCUCCUAGGAUACAGUCCGGAAGAAAUGCACGCGAUGGUGGAUUUGAAACCCGAGAAGAAGGAGGAAGACUGAGCUCUUUAACCCCUUGGGACACGUUGCAGCACCGAAGACGAGUGUCGAUGACGUUGGUCGGCCACGCGACAACCUAUUCUUCGGCUAUGGAUCAUUAAGAGACAAAAAAAAGGAAGAAUAACUGAAAGUGUAAACACGGGCUGCAUUGAACGAAGAAGAAGGAGAGUAUUACUAUUAGAAGCGCGUGAGCAAAGUAUAUAUUGUUCGAGAUAAGCGAGAGUGAGACAUUAUUACGUGUGCGUGCGAAAGAGAUAAACAGUGGAGAGCGAGAGAGAGAGAGAGAGAGAGAGAGAGUGUGCGCAAGAGGCGACAUAAGGAUGCCGUGAGAUUUUCCCCUAGAUUAAAACUAUAAAUAAAUAAUUAAAAAAAAAGCAAUGAAGGGUCAGCGCCGAAUGACGUAGGUACAUUCCGUGACUGCUCCCUCUUCUUCUUCUUCUUCUACUUGUUCUAUACUUCUUCUUCAAAGAGAGCGAGAGAGAAAAAAUGAUGCAAUGAAAUUGAAUCGGUCGUAUGUACCAAAGACAGGGUCCGCAUACCAUUGGUGCCUCAAAGUAAUAAGCUAAAAUGUGAAAUCUUUUUUUUUCGAUCGACGAUCGAUUUGCCACACAAGAUUUUAGAAGAUAUUUAUAGGAAUAACUCGAAGACAGUUUAUACAUACAUACAUGCAUAUAUAUAUUAUACAUUAAAUUUUUUUUUUUUAACGUUACGUGAUUUUUAAGCACUGUGGCAUCGAUUCAUCAAUGAUGCAUCUAAAUUAUUUAUGUCGCAUCAUUUUAAUACGUGUGUUAUCACAUCUCGUUGAUAGAUGACACAAUAUGUGAUUGUUAUGAUUCUAAUUUUACUACAAUAAAAUAUUAUACCAAUAUUUUUUAUGUUCGAUUAUUGAGCAGCAAAACCUGUCAGUUAUGGGAUGCAUCUCCUUUGCAACAUCGCGUCUAUUUCUCCUUGUAUUGUAGGAAUCUUUGUAAGUGGGGCCUCGGCGAGUGCGAAUCGUUUCUGCAUUACCGACGGCAGCGAAGCGCGCUCGUUGCCGAUCUCGCGUUACCGAACCAGGUCGGCAACUCACCGUGCUACGUUCACCAAGCGAUCUCUAAUGUUUAAAUAUUAUUACUACUAUUAUUAUUAUUAUUAUUAUUAUUAUUAUUAUUAUUAUCAUAUUGCAUAUAAUCCUGUAUACAAUUAUUUUUCAUACACUUAUAAAAAUUGUUUAAAUAAUCGAUCAUUUGUAAAUUGUUGUAUACUCGAGUAUCGUUAUAUUUUCUAAAUAAGAUUGUUACUUUUUAAUAUUUGGCAUGUAUAAAUAGGAGAAAAUUUAAUGUGUAAUGAGAAAGCAAAGGCAAUAAAACGUAAUACCAAAUUCUGAA